AUGCCGCGCGCCCCGCCGGGCAGGAAGACACUCGCGGACGACGUGAGCAAGACCAUGGAGGGCCUCUUCAGCGAGCUCAUCGAGUCUUCGCAGGACCCCAUGCUCGACCUGUUCGAGGUCUUCUACAGGGACGAGGCGACGCUGAAAUCGCAGCUCCCGAACUCGCAGUUCACCUGCCCUUUGUUCGAGGACGCGUUCGGCCAAGACUGCGACACCAAGGACUACACGGCCGAACCGCUGUGCUUGCUGAACUAUUUGAGCGAUGACUACGAGGACAUGGUGAUGAGGAAGAGGGACCGAAGCUGCACCCGCGACGAGUACGUGGCCUACCUGCAGGCGUUCGUCGCGGGCACGGCCGGGGGCGGCCGGCUGCAGAUGCCGCUGGUCAAGUUCAACAUGGCCGUAGCGUUCAACAAGGACUCCAUACAGUCGAAUUUCCAGAAGGUUUGGGACGAGCACAUCGGGAGCACCGUCGCCGAGGACGUGCUUCGUUCUCGACGGAUCGAGAAGCUGUCGUUCCUCCCUCGGCAGGAGCCAGCGGAAGUCAGACGGGGGCGGCCCCGCCAGCGGAUGCCAACAUGUUGAGUCCAAGAGGUGCACCUUUCGGGGGGCCCGCGCCUCAGAAUCGGCCGUCUACUUCUUCCCCUCUCGUUCCCCCGCCCUCCCCCCCGGCCUCUCCUCGCCCUCGCUCAUCGUCCUCCCACCCCCCUCGCUC